UGAUUCCACAGAUCUUUGGAAUGAAAAUUGAAAAGGGAAGGAAAUCCCCCGUGAGAAUGGUGCAAAACCAAAAAUUCGAUGUAGAAAAUGAAGGGAAAAGGGGAGAAAAUCUAAUGCUGAACAAAAAAUCCGAUGAAGACAAUAACACAAAAAAGAAAAAGGAUCUAUACGACUUUGCUGAGAAGACGAUACUCAAUGAGGAAGCUUCAAAACCUGGAGCAACUAUAGAUAACAUGGAUGACAAUGCUGGGAUUGGUGUAUCUUCUGGAUCUAAACGUGUUCAUAUAUCAACUUCGGAACUUGCUAAGAAAGAGGUCCAGACCUCCCUUCAACAAAAUGAUAUUGUGCAAAGUCCAUCACAAGAAAAACGACAAAAGAUGGCUCUUGGAGGUAACAGUCGUCCACCAGCUACACAACCUCCUACAAAAGCUUCUGCACAGUGGAAAGAUCCUCCAAAUGUUGAAAAGAAUGAUGAACUCCAGAGAUUGAUUAUUAUUCCCGAUGGAUUGGGGUUUUAUCCUUCUAUUCAGUCCGCGAAGGCUAUGGUUGAAUCAAUGUGUUCGGUUUAUAACGAACCAUGGAGGUACUGGAAAGAGGUUCCGUUGAACAUUAGAGAGAGAAUGUUUGCUGAAUUCAAGAUGAAGUGUGCAUGGUCUCUCGACCAUGAGGCAAAGAUACGAGAAAUUUUUUUCCGAAAAUGUUCUCGUAGGUUGAGUGAUUUGCUUUGGUAUGCCCGAAAACAUGAUAAGAGGCCAUCAUGGAUUCGUGAAGAUAUAUGGAAAAAAUUGAAUGAGUAUUGGGCCUCUCCAGAGUUCAAAAAAAAACACACGGUGGAAAAGAAAGCUCAAACAUCUGUUCUACCCUGUUCUCCUCAGCCUUCCGAUAAGGAGGAGUAA